AGGAAUUGAAACAUGUCCGAAAUGCCAAUUGUUACAGGACUUAAAGAAGCGCGGUUCCCACACCUGCGACAUGCAGGCCCUACAGCCACUUCCAGUUCCUACCACCGCCAUGCCUGCUAUGAGUACAUCCGGUGGGCAGUCACCACAUACGGUUUCGGAGACUGCAUGAGUCGAUAUCAGAGACCAAUAAGUACUACCACGACCUCAACCACAACUAUCACCAAUCCGCUAUUGAUUCACCUACUACUACUGAACCAACGACCUCCUCUACUCGCUCGAACAAUAAUGACAGUCAGACUUAUCUGGUAUUGCUUAUAUGCUGCGAUGACAGACAAAUUCAAGUGAAUCAGAGGUACCGAGUGCCAAGAAUUUUUAAGGAUAUGACCGGCGAGCGUCGCACGUUAUCAUCGGCUGGAUGGAUGAACGAAGAUGGGAUAUAAAAACAUUAAAAUUAAAAUU